UCUGUCUCAAUAACAUUCCCGGGAAACGCGGACGGCAGUAUACUUGGGCCUUUACUGUGAUGGCACGUUUCCAAAGUUAUUAAUAUCGUAAAUCUAGCUUAGUUUCCCCCCCAUUAAACUGUGUAUACUUGUAACACUGUAGGGUACUGUGUUUUACUACCUUGACAUCAAAACACAGAAAACUGCAACGACGGCGACGAUUUCCGCUUCAGAAGUCCAACUCCAACUCCAUCAGCUGUUGCUUUCGGUUUUAACUGCAGGCAGUAAAGGCGUUGUUGGUUGUUUUUGAACAACUUCAGCUUUUAUCACCACAUAAAUUGCAUUAUUAUCUCAGAAGGACAGUGGUGAAAAUGAAUUAUUUUUGGAUGACAGUGAUUUUGCUCGUGACUGGUGCAUCUGCUGUGAAGAUAGAUGGAGUAUCAGUGUCAGGGAUGGAGGGAGAUUCAGUCACUCUAUACACUGAUGUUACAAAAACCCAGGUCAACAAAGUGAAAUGGUAUUAUAAUGGUGCUCGCAUCGCUCAAAUCACUGGAGAUCCCAAUAAAACCUGUACAGAUGUUCAGUGUAAUGAAGGUACUGAGAGAUUCAGAGAGAGACUGAAGCUGAAUAAUCAGACUGGAUCUCUGACCAUCAUGAACAUCACAAACACAGACUCUGGACUCUAUAAACUGCAGAUAAUUAUCACCAGCAGCAGCAGCAGUGACAAGAUCUUCAAGGUUACCAUCCAUGAUGUUCCUCCAGCUGAACAAGAUGAAAUGAAGAGAAAAUCAGUAAAGGAGGGAGAAUCUGUUACUUUGAAUCCUGGUGUCAUGAAAAACCCAAAUGAUUUGAUGACGUGGCAUUUUCAUGACAUUCGCAUCGCUGAAAUCACUAGAAAUACCAGUUGGAGCUGUACAGAUGUUCAGUGUAAAGAUGCUGAUGGGAGAUUCAGAGACAGACUGGAGGUGAAUCAGACUGGAUCUCUGACCAUCACAAACAUCAAGAUCGCAGACACUGGGCUCUAUAAUUUACAGAUCAGCAGCAGUGGAUUCCGCAUAAUGAGGACCUUCAGUGUUAAUGUGGUCACUGCUGUUCCAGAUUCAGGUCUGUCUACAGCUGCUGUAGCAGGAAUAUGUGCAGGUGGUGGUGGUGCUCUGCUGAUAGUGGCUGCAGCUGCUGCUGGUGUGAUUUACUAUCGCCGCAGACAAAAGAAUGGCCCCAGCACACAGUCCAGUGAUACGCAGGAUGGUGUGUCGGCCCCUAAACACAAGAAUCUUCCACUGACGAACGCUACCAAUGAGAUAUCUCUUAACAAGAAUAACACUCUAUUGACAAACCCUAAUGAGACUUACUCAAAUGAUAAUAACACUCUUUUGACAAACACUAAUGAGAAUAACACUCUAUUGUUGAACACUACCUGUGAGAUAAUCAAGUUCCAUAAUCAAGCUGAUAUUCGAUUUAUAGAUGAUGAAGAUGAAUUGCCCCUGAUCUGACUGAGAAAGGGGCUGCCAAUGACACAAUGUAACAUUUUAUUUUCAUACUUUCAUUUAAAGUGACAGUGGAAAAAAAAAUUUGAAAGAUCAGCUGAAGAUGCCAUUGCUUACAGAGUAUCUGUCUCAUGAUACCAGAUUUCAGGCAUCAGUACAAUUACCAGUGACAUUUCAUCUCAGUAUCAAUUUCAAUAAUACAGCAACAAAACAAAGCAAUACAGUACCAGGAAUAGAACAAAAAGUGCUGGAUGGAUUUUAUUUAGAGGGUUAUUAUUAAAGCUGCUAAAUUGACCCAGACAUGAAUAAUGAGACAUAUGCUCCAAUUCUGGUCAUUUACACUGAGACAUACUAAUGCACUGA